AUGUGCAUUUUCGCGUCGCCGUGUUUGCAGACUAUAGGAAAUUUCAGUUUUUUCUUUUUGUUUCAGCAUGUCAGAGGUGGGUUCAGCGAACGCGGGGUAUAUCAUUUGAUUCGUCUCAUCGUAGUGAAAAUAGAGAAGCAUUUAUUUUUACACGAUAUGCAUUUUCAGAAAAGUUAGAAGCUGAAUUAUUCGAUGACGAAAUCAAAGCGCACCAUUUUUUAGCGAUAACGAUUUUUUUAUGUGAAAGCCGCAUUCUAAACAUUAAUCGCAUGAUUAUUCGUGGAGAGAGUUAGUUAUGUUUUUUAACAAUGAGAAUCUCACUAGAGUGUAAAUAUAUUUUUUAGGCGAUGUUGCAGAUGAGUUUCUCCUCCGAGGAGAAAUGAGGAGAAAUGGGGCGAAAUUCGAAAAAUACAUUGUUUCGCCUCCACCUGCAACACGUUUCUCCUCUUUCUCCUCAAUUAGCUCGGGGAGAAACUAAUCUGCAUCAUCGCCUUAAUUGACUGAUUAAGUUCAAACUGAAAAUAAAAAUGUGUAAAUAAACUAAUCAGAUAAAAUAGGUAGUUAGUUAUGGUUCAAUGUUGUCUACACAAGCAAGCAAACAAGCGUUUUUAAAGUGGGGCAAACAGAAAAUGCGCUCUAGCGAACAUUUUAAAAUAUUAUCUGACGUGUGCUUUGUAUGUGGCAGUUUAUUUUAUUCAUUUUCAAUCAAAUUUGGCCCUAAAUUGGAAUAUUUUUGAUUUUUUUUUACAGAAAUGAAGUUUGGUCGAUCAUUUCUGCUAGCAUUUUGUCUAGCCUCUUGCUUGGUCGAAUUCAUCCUAGCAGGUAGAGAUUUCUAUAAAAUUCUUGGUGUUCCAAAAAAUGCGAACGCCAAUCAAAUUAAGAAGGUAAGUUGGUUUUGAUCAAUCAAUAAAUAAUUAAAAUUCGAAAUUUUUCAGGCAUACAGAAAAUUGGCGAAAGAAUUACAUCCGGAUAGAAAUCAAGACGAUGAAAUGGCAAAUGAAAAAUUCCAAGAUCUCUCUGCCGCUUAUGAAGUUCUCUCAAAUAAAGAUAAGCGUGCCACAUAUGAUCGACACGGUGAAGAAGGAGUUCAAAAAAUGGGAGGAGGUGGUGGCGGAGGACACGAUCCGUUCAGCUCAUUUUUCGGCGACUUUUUUGGUGGUGGCGGUGGUUCUCAUGAGGGAGAUGAAGGAACUCCGAAAGGAGCUGAUGUUGUUAUUGAUUUAUUUGUUACUCUUGAAGAAGCAUAUGUUGGACAUUUUGUUGAAGUAAGAUUUUUUGGGUGGGACCUAUUCUCAUAUAAAUUUGAUAUUUUUUCCGGAAACAAGUCCCUAUAUUAUAAGGUUCCCCUGUUUGUUAUUCAAUUUGUUUGGUUUUUUCAAUCCAAAAAUCGAAUAAACAAUUUAUUCCAGGUCAAACGGAAAAAAGCAGUUUAUAAACAAACUUCUGGAACACGUCAAUGCAAUUGUCGACACGAAAUGAGAACCGAACAAAUGGGACAAGGAAGAUUCCAAAUGUAUCAAGUCAAAGUUUGUGACGAAUGUCCAAAUGUGAAAUUAGUUCAAGAAUCGAAGACAUUAGAAGUUGAAAUUGAAGCCGGAGCUGACAAUGGACAUACUCAAAUUUUCCAUGGUGAAGGAGAACCACACAUUGAAGGAGAUCCGGGAGAUUUGAAAUUCAAAGUUAGAAUAUUGAAACAUUCAAGGUGGGUUUCUUUAUAAUUCAAAAACGAAGAGAUUACAAGGAUUUUUCAACAAAAAAAUACACGACAUAGUUCAAAUUCAGAGUUGAAAACAGAAACAUAAUAUUCGUUUCUUUAUUUUCCGUUGAAAUUUGUGAAAACCAAUUCAAGUGCUUCAGAAAUAUGUGUAUUUAUUUUUUGAAACGUAGUUCAUCAAGUAUAGUUUUUGUAUUUUUCAUUUUGUACUUUACACAUGUGAUUCAUAGUUCACAAACAUAUUUCAUCAUUAUCGUUAAGAAAAUGAAAUGUGUCAUAAUAAAUCUAUCUCCCAGCGAAAAUAUUUUGGGAUUUGUAUAAUCCUCAUAUUCGCCUGACUGUGAUUAAUUUGUUGUUUCACUUCAACAGUUUUAUCUUCAACAAAACCCUAGUUUCCUAGUUUCCCUUCGAAAAUAAUGAUUUUUUGUCAAUUUUUUUCACAUAAACUUCAAUAACACAAAUACGUUUUUCUACCAGUUUUCGUUUUUGUGUUUUUCGAUAGAAAGUAAUAGUCUUUUGUCGCACAUCGCAAAUGUUAUUUAGUUUGAAUGCGAAAAAAGUAACAAGCAGCUGUUCUGAUUUUUUUUGUCGAUGAUUUAUGUAUGGCUGAAAUUGUUAUUGAUUGAUUGAAAGGACACAUUUUUGCUGUUUGAGAGAAAGGAAAACAAAACACAUUAUUUUGAUUAGAAAUAUUUGAAGUUUUUGAUAGAAAUUGGAUGAAAAACGCAUUUUUGACAGAAAAAAGGAAGUUGUAUUUUGAACAGAAUUCUAUGAUUAAUUAUUGAAGAAUGUGUUGGUAUGUUUUUGUAAAAUUGAUCAAAUAUACACAAAAACCAUAUAUAUAAAUAUACAAUAUUUCUCCCCACUUUAAAUUUGAUGAUAAAAUAAUUUGGUUUUUCUUUAUCAAUUCCGUUUUCUAUCGUCGUCAAAAACCACCCACGAUUCAAUCAAGAUUAUAUCGAAUUUUCCCCCGACAUUCCUUUUUAUUUUGUUUUCAACCAGUCACACACUUUUUGUCGUCCGUUGAAAUGCAUAAUUUAACGACCUCAUUCGUCUCGACACAAUUAUUUUGCUAAAGCAGGAAUUGCUAGUUGGUACAGGCCGGCCGAAAUCGAUAAUGAAGAAAAUAGUCUGGCCCGAUCCGAUCCACAGGCUUCAUCUUGGCCUGUCAGAUCAAACUAUAGCCGACCAAAACUCGAAUCUCGAAUUGUUCACUCACUAAUAAAUAAAUACAAAUAGAUUCGUUUUUUUUUCUUCUCGUUCGUUCGUUUUUUUUUCCCGAACCGGUUGACCAAACAUGUGUGCGUGCUGCGUUGCUUCUCCUACCUUUAUGUAUACACAUAGUUUGACUAGGCUCGUGAUUUUCAGUUUUUUGCUCGUUUUGUGUCAAGAGAAUAUUUGAGAGAACAACUAACCAUAUGUCUUCUUCGUUUUCUUCUCUCAUUUCUUAUCCAUCCGAUAUGUUUUUUUUUCGUCCAUCACUUGCUUGAUUGCUCACUAUUCAUUCAUUUUCCCCUCAUUUUCUUUCUAUCAAUGAUUUUUUCUUGUUUAUUUUUCUCCUCAGCCACCGAAAUUAUUUAUUAUUAUUUUUAUCAUCAUUUUUGUAUUCGUUCAAUGCAGAAUGAAAAAAAAAACAGUAUUUUCCUCUCUGUCUCUCCCUCUCUAUCAAAAUAUUUGGUAUCGCUGAAAACUUAUCGAUUAAUGUGAGAGAAAAAAAAACAAUUGAUCGUAGAUCAUUAAACUCAUCUAUUGUAUUUCUUUAGACGAGCCGUUCUGUUUUUUUUCUGUCGCCGUGUCGCUUUGAUACACACAGCACGACCUUGUUUUUCAAUCGUUUCGUUUCGAACGCUUUUUGUUUUCAGCCGCAAUCUGCCUUUGAAUGUGUAAAAAAAUCUGGCAUAAACUCUUGGUCUUAUCAAAAGUUUUGUUCGUUUUUUUUUCAUUCAGAAUGUGUCUGAUUGAGGUUUUUUUUAGUUUUCGAUUUGGAAUUAGAUUGUUAUCAUUGUUUUAUGAUUCCAAGUUUUUCCUAUUAAUUUAAUACAAAGAAUGGAGAAGAAAAAGAAGGUUCUCUAUAAUUUUGGUAGUUUCAUCUUCAAAUUCGGAUUCGAUUUAUCGCAGUCGGCAUGAUUUCUCGAGUCCGAAAUUUUCUAUUUUUGGCAAUAGCUGAAAGGCCGGUCCGACAACAUUUUCGUAAUCUAGCUUGUAUCGGUUAUUUCCAAAAUGUGUUCCACGCCUUUCUUCGUUCGUUCGUUUUUUCCAUCCUGAUUCAUCAUAUGGUUGGUGAGUCAAACGAUAUGUUUCUCUCUUUCUCUUCCACUCCAUCUCUCUCUCUGUGUCCUUUUCGACCCGCCCAUUUUUGCCCCCACUGAUUUCUCUGAACUUGUCGUUGUCAGUCUACAAUUGCUCUUUUUCGAAAUAUACCAUCAUCAUCGUUCUCUUUGCAUUUCUCUCGCUGACGUAAUUAACUAUCUCAGCUUGUUUAUCUAACUGAUUUGAAGAUUGCUGGCUGCAUUGCUCGUUUUCGUUUUUUCCACUUGAAUUUUUGUCGGUACUCGAAUUUUUUGUCGUUUUUUUGCUUCCCUGUUUUUUAUCGAUAACUUCCAAUCAACAUCUGCUUCAUUUCCUAUUUUGGUUAUCUUUCUCGUGAUAAUGAUACUAUUUUUUUCUGAUGAAAAGUACAUUUUUUUACUGAGCAGGUGUCGCUUCACUCAGUAAUUGCCUUGCACUUUUUUCAUCGACAGAUAUCUAGAUGUAGCAACUUUUGUGUCAAUCUAGAGUUUUUUAUUCAAUACUUUUUAGUAUUUAUGAAUAAAACAUUUUCUCGUCUCUCUAUCUAUCUGAUGCCUAUUUCAUGUCAAUUCAAAUUUAUACACAUUCACAUUGAUAAAUGUCAAUCAUGAUUUGAUUUUCGCUUUUUUUUUCUUCUCGAAGAUGUUUUUGUUUUCUUUUUUUCUUGGUGUUGUUUGAAAACUGGAUACAAACAAAGGGCGGAAGAAGGAAUGAAUGCGUAGGAGAAAAUGUGUGUGUUGACACAUAUUUGACUAACAUUCCCCUAAACCAUCCAAAAAAAUUGAAUCUGUAGACACAACUGUUUCAUUUUCAUAUUAAAUUAUCAUAAAUUUAUUACUUUUCGUAUUUUUUUAUAAUUAGAAGAAAUUUCAAAUUAUACAUUUUAUUUUCAGGUUCGAACGUAAGGGUGAUGAUCUGUACACAAAUGUGACAAUUUCGUUGCAAGACGCUCUCAACGGUUUCACGAUGGAAAUUGAGCAUUUAGAUGGGCAUAAAGUGGACGUGUCGAGAGAAAAAGUGAGUUUUUUGAAAACUUUUGUAAUUUUGAUAAUGGACCAGAGCAGAAACACGAUGAAAAAAAAAACAAAAUUCACAGAAUUUUAUUUAUUUAGAGACAACGUAAAUUUGAGAGAGUUUAGUCAAAAAUUACAAAAAACUAAUCUGUUUUGUCUAGAUCCUCUUAAUUUUACGCAAUCUAAAUAUUAUACUCAAAAUAUUAUACUGUAAAUUUUUUUUUUCAUAGGAACAGUAUUUUUUUUGAACGACUGAAAAAUAUAUGGAUAAUUUUCAAAAAUAUGAAUUGAAUUCUUUUGUCAUCGUUUUUUUAAUCGGCGAAAGUUCAUCAAUAAUCAAUAAUCAUAACAGAAAACAUCAGCUCGCUGUUUUUCAUUUUCAUAAAUAAGAGAAAUAUUUUCUUCCUAUCAAAAAUCGAUUUUUGUUUCAGGUAACAUGGCCAGGUGCUCGACUACGUAAAAAAGACGAAGGAAUGCCAUCACUCGAAAACAACAAUCAACGUGGAAUGCUCAUUAUCACAUUUGAUGUCGAUUUUCCAAAAACCGAAAUGAGUGCAGAACAAAAAGCACAAAUCAUUGAAAUAUUGAAGCAAUCUGAUAUUAAACCAAAAGUGUACAACGGCCUCUAA